AUGCACCGUCGGUCGCGGCACUGGCAGCUGUUUAAUUAUAUCCUCGGCCGGAGGUGAGACCAGCGGGAUGUGCUGGUGACAAAAGCGAUCCCGGGUGCUGACGGGCGGACUGACCAUCGUCUCGUCAUCUCCAACAUGCGGAUUUGUCCACGACCUCAGCGGAGGCCUCUAGGAAAGCGACUCCCAGGUAAGUUGAAAAUUACUUUUUUGUCUUCACUUAUUCACCAUCGCCAUUUCAGCAGCGAGCUAGCUCAACGGCUAGACAACCUUCCAGUCUCUGCCGCCGCCGUCGCUGACAAGAACGCCUCCAUGGAGAACCGAUGGUGUCAAUUAUGGGGCACAGUCCAGUCGACCGCUCUGGCCAUUCUCGGUCGCGCACACCGCCAAAACCAGGACUGGUUUGAUGAUAACGAUGCCGCCGUCAGCAACCUGCUCGCCGUGAACAAUCGCCUGCACAAAGCCUUUGUCGACCGCCCGACCGACGUCAACAGAGUUGACUUCUACCGUAAUCGCCGCCUUGCGUAA